UAAAAUUCUAAUCAAAAAAUGACAUAUGUAAUAUACGGAGAUCAGAAUUAGUGAUGCGGUUCUUUCUGCCAAUAGGGAAAAUACGUGUCAUCAAAAAAUCAUGUUUAAGUAAGAGUGGGGCAACGGGCGUCCUUUUAAAAGCACUGUUUUAACAUUAACAAAAUGUCUAUUAUAAGUUUUCUCUUCACUGAUAAACUCCUCAUUUUCGCACAAUACGUACUAUAAUUAAAAACACUUACAUUCUCACAUUUUCCUAUAUUGCCACGUAGUAUUGUUUUAAAGUAAAUCUUCCAUCAAUAGUAGAGAUUUAAAUAGUGAAUUUAUAAUAAAGAAAUAACCACAUCUCAGUAUACCUUAAUAAUAACAAAUACAUUAAAUAUUUUUUUUCUUUAUUUGCCCUUACUUAUUCACAAUAUAUACAUAUACAUAAAAUGAGUGAGAAGAUAUUACCAUUCUAUGUAUCUGGUUCGGUGGUUCGAGGUUUUGGUAGAGGCUCUAAAGCAUUGGGCAUUCCUACAGCAAAUCUUCCAGAAUGUGUUGUUGAUUCGUUACCUGAGAAUUUUAAUACUGGCGUAUAUUACGGUUGGGUUGCUUUAAAUGGAACGAUAUAUAGAAUGGUUGCAAGUGUUGGAUGGAAUCCAUUUUAUAAAAAUGAGAAAAAAACAUUUGAAGUUCAUAUAUUAGAAACAUUUUCAAAUGAUUUUUAUGGAGAGGAACUUAAGGUGAUCGUUACCGGUUAUAUAAGACAAGAAAAAGAUUUUACAUCAGCAGAUGAAUUGAUCAAAGAAAUAAAAAAUGAUAUUGCAAUUGCUGAAAAAGAAUUAGACAAACCAAAUAUGUUAAAAUAUAAAUGUGAUACUUUUUUAACAAAGUAACAAAUUUUAUUGGAUUAUAACAAUAUUUCAUUUUUGCAAUAGAUAUCGAUUGUAAAAUAAUGUAAUUAUGUACAUCGAAUGCUAGGAAAACACAUAUUUUUAGAUUUGAUACAAAUCCAUGUAGAGAAAAUUUCUAAAUAUUACGCUAAUUUAAUAAACCGAAGUGUUUAUAAAUGUUUAUAUAAAGUAACGAGAGCAUUAUUUACAUUUGCAUUUAACAAAAAAGAUAUAUAAGG